AAGUUAAAGAAAUGAAGUGCGCUUUUAAUGCUUGGUAGGGAAGGGACCAAAAAUGUCUGCUACAGACAAGUCAACUGCGUGCAGUUCUGGGUCUUUGGGUUCUUCUUAAUGCUCCACCAAAUAGUAUCAAUACUUCAACUUGUAAGCAGUAAGCUUGAUACUGAGAAAGCUAAAAUAGAUUUCAAUGGAGCUCCUCUGUUUCUUGGUUUUCAGUAUCUGCUUACUCUUUUCUCUGAGCAGAAUUUCAUCAGCUGCUGAUACCAUUACUUCAUCUCAGUCCCUCAGUGAUGGCAAGUCAUUGGUUUCGUCUCCGGGUGGAAUAUUUGAGCUGGGUUUUUUCAGUCCAGGCAUGUCCAAGAGCCGCUACUUGGGAAUUUGGUACAAGAACAUCCCAAUUCCAACUGUUGUUUGGGUUGCAAACAGGCAAACUCCAAUCAAUGGUUCCACUGGCAGCUUAAUGAUCAACAGCACAGGCAAUCUUGUCCUUGUCAACAACAACAACAACCAGACUGUUUGGUCUACAAAUUCAUCAAAACAGUCCCAGAGCCAGAGCCCUGUCCUGCAGCUCCUGGAUAAUGGCAAUCUUGUCCUCAGAGAUGAGAAAGAUGCAAACUCAGAAAACUACUUGUGGCAGAGUUUUGACUACCCAUCUGAUACUUUGUUGCCAGGAAUGAAGCUUGGAUGGGACUUGAGGACCGGACUUAAUCGACGUUUAACGGCAUGGAAAAGUCCAGAUGACCCUUCUCCAGGGGACUUCAUCUGGGAAAUGGAGCUGCAUGAGUAUCCGGAGCCAGUUAUGUGGAAAGGGUCCAAAGAGUACCUGAGAAGUGGCCCAUGGAAUGGUGUUUUGUUCAGUGGUAAACCAGCCAACGCACUUCCUGCAUUGAACUUCAGCUUCAUCUCCAAUGAGGAUGAGGUUUACAUGACAAUCCACAUGGUGAAUAAGUCUGCACUUGGAAGGAUGAUGAUGAACCAAACCACGUCGCCGCCGUAUCGACAGGAGUGGAUUUGGUCCGAAGCAGACCGAAAUUGGACAAUUUAUGCAUCGUUUCCAAGAGACCCUUGUGAUAGUUAUGGCCACUGUGGUGGUAAUGGCAAUUGUGUUCUUAGUUCAUCCCCAAUUUGUCAAUGUUUGGAUAGGUUCAGUCCUAGAUCACCGGAGAACUGGAACUUAAAUGAGUUUUCACAAGGCUGUAAGCGCAGGAAGCCAUUGAACUGCAAGAAUGAUGGAUUCGCCACGUAUCCCGGGUUGAAAUUGCCUGAUACUACGCAUAGUUGGGUAGAUAAAAGCAUGAAUCUCAAGGAAUGCAGGGCCAAAUGCUUAUCUAAUUGUUCUUGUUCGGCUUAUACAAACUUGGAUGUGAGAGGAGGAGGCAGUGGUUGUGCCAUCUGGUUCGAUGAUCUUGUCGAUAUCAAGCAAAUGCCAGGUGGUGACCAGGAUAUAUAUAUCAAGAUAUCUGCUUCAGAACUAGAUGACGUCAAGACGAGCAAGCCCUCUGGUGUAAAGAAGAAAGUGGCAAUCAUAGCCAGCGUUGGGCUGCUAGUCAUGGGAGUGAUAAUACUAGGAUUGGUUUUUUACAAGCGGAAGUUAGUUGGCUAUUGUUGCAUUCUCAAAGCCAGAGGCAGGAAAAAUGUCAAAGGUCAAGACAUUGAAGAACAGAAAGAUGAAGAUCUGGAGCUACCAUUGUUCGACUUGACAACAAUAGAGGGUGCCACUAAUUUCUUUUCAGUCAACAAUAAGCUUGGUGAAGGCGGUUUCGGACCUGUAUACAAGGGUAGACUCGUAGAUGGUCAAGAAAUUGCAGUCAAGAGACUUUCAAGAAGUUCUGGACAAGGAAUAAAGGAGUUCAAAAAUGAAGUAAUACUGAUUGCCAAACUUCAACACCGAAAUCUUGUAAAGCUUCUUGGUUGCUGCAUUCAGGGAGAGGAGAAAUUGCUGAUCUAUGAAUACAUGCCCAACAAAAGCUUGGACUACUUCCUUUUUGAUGAAGCACGACGUAAAUUGUUAGAUUGGCCUCAGCGCUUCCAAAUUAUCUGUGGGAUUGCUAGGGGACUUCUCUAUCUUCAUCAGGAUUCCAGACUGAGGAUUAUACACAGAGAUCUCAAAGCAAGUAAUGUUUUACUUGAUAGAGACUUGAACCCGAAGAUCUCAGAUUUUGGUCUUGCUAGAACUUUUGGUGGAGAUCAAACUGAAGGAAAUACAAACAGAGUGGUUGGAACAUAUGGUUACAUGGCACCUGAAUAUGCUACUGAAGGGCAAUUCUCAGUGAAAUCUGAUGUCUUUAGCUUUGGUAUUUUACUGCUGGAGAUAAUAAGUGGAAAGAAAAGCAAAGGGUUCUAUCAUUUGAACCACCGCCUGAAUCUUAUUGGAAACGCAUGGAGAUUGUGGAAAGAAGGAAGGCCAUUAGAGCUGAUUGACGAAGGGUUUGGGAACUCGUGCACUCUAUCAGACGUACUGCGAUGCAUCCAUGUCAGUCUGUUAUGUGUGCAACUACAGCCUGAGGACAGGCCAACCAUGUCGUCUGUAGUUCAGAUGUUAUGUAGUGAAAAUGCCUUGCCUGAGCCCAAAGAACCAGGAUUUGUUCCAGAAAAGGAUUUACUCAACGGAGAGUUUCCCCUAAUUAACAACAAACCAUCUUCUAAUGGUUUAACCAUUACACAACUCGAGCCUCGUUAAGGAUCAUUAGAUCAUAUAAAUUUAUGCAGUGUUGUUUGUCAUACAUUGUAUAUAUGUUUAAGUCUUCCAAUGCCCAAGUUACAAUAGACCUUGUUGUCAAAUUUUAACUGUUACAAUGUACUCAAUAUUGAAAUAAUCAGUGCCUUUUUCCCUCUACUUGUCCAUAAUCAAA